CAAAUUACGUAAGGUUGAGAUUUGACGUGCUGUGUAUUUGGUUUCCGUUUCCGGUGAAUACGAAGCAGAAAAUCAAAUGAAUAUUGGUUGUUUUUAUAAUUAUCACAAUAUUGCGGAUGUUGGUGUUCCUAAAGAUUGAAUCACGCUGAUUCAAAUAAAUCUGGAUUUUUUAAAACUGCACUUUAUAGAAAAAAAAAUAAAGCACAAUUACAAAGGUAUCCAAUAAAGUGAUAUUUGAGAAGAAAUUGAAAAUAUAAAUCUGUUUAAAACUGUGUGGAUUUAUGAUGUAAACAUAUAUAAAAACAGAUUCUUGAAGUCUUAUAUGUUCUCUACUUGAUCAAAUGGUUUCUUAAAGAAAAGUCUUUUUUGUGAUUAAAAACAGAAAAUUAAAUUAAAUUAUGAGUAAUAAGAAAAAAGCUGAAACAUUACCCCUUGUAAAAAACAAUUUACUCAAUAAUGAUGAUCAUAUUGAUUGGUCAGAUCAAGAAUUGGAUGAACUAGUAGGAGAUCCUUUGGAACAUGUUUUGGAACAAAUGAGACGUCGACCACAAAAUGUAUCUCGUUUACAAUAUUAUAGGUCAAUGUUAUUUUUCUCUGUUUUAUGUUUUAUAUUAGGAGCUGUUGUGUCGUGUUUAGUUAUGAUAUUUAUAUGGAAUCCAACAUUGAGAACUUUUCCAAAUGCUUUAAAAGAUACUGUUAUUACUCAAAAAAUUGUGCAUUAUACAGAUGUCAAUAGUAUAAAAACAUUUUACAGGUUUCUUACAAAUCAAAUUCAUGUAGCUGGUAGUCAUGCAGAUAAGGAAACAGCUGAUUAUAUAUAUAGUACAUGGAAAAAACAAGGUCUUGAUGCUCAUCUGGUGCCUUAUUCUGUUUUUCUAUCAUAUCCUAACAAAGAAAAGUUUAAUAGGGUGUCCGUAGUAUUAAAUAAUAGGACAGAAAUGUUUCAUUCAACUAGUUGGGAGAAAAUUUUACAUUCUUUAGGAAAAAAUAAUAGUGAAAUAUAUCCCCCUUUUGCAGCAUAUUCUCCAUCAACUGUUGAACCUCUUUUUGGUGAUCCAGUAUAUGCAAAUUACGGUGAAUUUGAGGAUUUUUUACUACUAAGAAAGAAGGCAAUCCCAUUAGAAAGAUGUAUAGCUAUAAUUCGUUAUGGAAAAAUUAGCCCAGCUCAAAAGGUGAACUUUGCAGAACAGUUUGGAAUCAAAGGAGUUAUAUUAUAUCCAGAUCCAGCAGAUUAUGCAAUGCAUGGCUUAAAAGAUGUUUACCCUUCAUCUAUACAUCUUCCUUCCUUGGGUGUUCCAUAUUCUUCUUUAAAUCUGUUAAAGGGAGAUCCACUUACUCCACUCUAUCCUUCUAUAGAAAAUGCUUACAGGAUUCAAGAAGAAAAAGCUAAACUUCCUAAAAUCCCUGUAUUUCCUAUAAAUUAUGAAGAUGCUAGUUACAUAUUAAGGAAUAUUACUGGUUCAAAAUCCCCAGAAACAUGGAAAGGUGCUUUACCAAAUGUUGAAUAUUUAAUAGGCUCAGGAUAUAAAAAUAAUGCAAAAAUAAAAAUGGAAGUAAAUAAUAAUAAUACACAAGUUAUGAUCUACAAUGUUAUAGGAAUUAUUCCUGGAUCAGAUGAGCCUGAUCGUUUUGUGUUAUUGGGAAAUCAUAGAGAUUCCUGGACUUAUGGUUCUUUAGAUCCUUCUAGUGGGACUUCUGCAAUGCUUGAAAUUAGUCAUAUUUUUGGAAAAUUACUCAAGGAAGGUUGGAAGCCAAGAAGAAGUAUUUUAUUCUGUAGUUGGAGUGCAUCAUUGUAUGGAUUAAUUGGUUCAAGAGAAUGGAUAGAAGAAAAUCAGAAAAAUCUUAUAGAAAAAAUAGUGGCUUACAUAGAUGUUAGCAUGGCAGUUGAAGGAAAUACAACAUUAGCUAUUCAAAGCACACCAUUAAUGUAUAGAGUGUUUUCUGAGGCAGCAAAGAAGAUUCCAAAUCCAAAUGCGUUAGAAGUUUCUAAUGGAUUAUUAUCUGUGUUCAAUUCUUGGCUAAAUCACUCAAGUCAGAAUUUAAUUAAUCCAUCCUUACCAGAAUUUCGGAAUUUAGAUGACAGUAGUGAUCAUGCAACUUUUUUGUUUGGUUUUGGAAUACCUUCUGCAAAUUUAAAAUACAGUUGUUAUAAAACAGUUACUGUAUGUUCUCCACUUAUCCAUACAUUAUAUGAGACUUCUGCUGUUCAAAGUAAAUUAAUAGAUAGUGAAUUUCAAGCCGUAGGUUUAGGUAAUGACUUCAACAUCUUAGAAUAUGCUGAUCCUGAACUUGAUAAAGGACUUGUUGGUGAAGGUGAAAAAAGCAAUAUUUUGGAUGAGCAUUUAGAUUUAGAUGACAAAGAUGAUGAACUUGAUGAGGAAGUUGAAGAAAUGAAAGCUAGAUCUGGAGAAGGUAAAAAAGUUAAUGUUGAAAUUAAACAAGAAAUUAAUGCAGAAGAAGAAAAAAAGAAACAAAGUGAAAAUGAAGAAGGAAAACUUGGUCUUCAAAAUGAAUUAAAUAACGCUGAUUUUCAAACAAAAUUUUUAGAAUUUAGUCAACAAAGAGAAUUGGAAAAGAAUGAAGAAACUUUUGAAGAAGAAAGUAUUGAUUCUAAUAUAAGUAGCAAAAUAGAGGAAGGUGAAAAUAAAAAUGUAUGUAAAUUAAUUUCUACUUCAUCAUCAUCAUCAUCUGUCAUUGCUUCUGAUGAUUUAACAACUUGUCAGUCUGUUGUAUCAUUUACUAACGUCACUACUACUGUUGCUUCAAAUGUUCUUACAUUUUCUUCAUCAGAUCAGUUGCAGAUUUCACAACAUGGAAAUGGAAAUAUUAAGUCAACAAUAAUAGCACCAUCUCCUCCAGGAACAUUUGGUCAACCUCAAGUAUCUCUCCAUAGGGAACAAGAAAAUAACUCCCCAAAUCAAACACAUUUUGUUGAUCAUUUAAGAAUUUCUCAACCACCACCAUAUCCAGCUAAUGUUCCUCCUCCACCUCCCUAUCAAGCACAUAAUUUAAGACCCCAAAGUAUGUCAGUUCAGCAGCAAGUAAUAACUAGUCCAAGAGGUAUAUUUCCAAAUCAGUCUCUUACUAGAGCUAAUCUCUCAUCUAGUCAAGUUCUGUCUUCUAAUGGACAAGAAAAAUCUUUACUCCAAGAACAGCCACUGCUCUUAGAGGAUCUAGUUGAACAAGAAAAAAGGGAACAAAGACGACAGAAUCAAGAAGGAAUAAUAUCUCCACAUGCAGAUGCUCUGCUUAGUGAUAUUGAUUUUGAACGAUUGAAAGCUGAUGUGUUAUCAGGCCCACCAGAUGAUUCACUUGGUGGACCAGGGUCUUUAAUCUCUUCACAAGGUUCUCAAACAGUAACCACAAAUCAAAUAUCAUCUACUCCUCAAUGUUUUCCUCGUCCUCAUCUAACAUUAACCUCUAAUCAGCAGCAUUCACCUUCUGCUUGGCAAACACAAGAUCAGACUUUAAUUAAUCCUUGUUCUCCACGUACUCCUGGUUCAUUACAUCCUUCACCCAUACGACCUUCAAUAAUGUCACCUUCCAUUGGAACAAUAGGUAUACAUCCAGCAAGUAUGCUUCAUGGUGAACCUCCUGUAAGAGCAAAUCUUUCAAGAUCAAAUACGUCACCUGGUAAGAUUAAUAUUAAAUUUUUUAUAAUAUAGUAUUUCAAUAAUAUAAUAUAAUAUAGUAUUAUAAUAUUGAUUUCAAUAAUAUUUUAAUUAACUAUUGUGAGAGUGCAUAUUAGUCUAAAUGUCCAUACAAUCUUUACUUUAGUUGGGCUACAAUUUGAAGAAAUUGUAGAUCUAUAAAUUUCCACUGUCAUAGACUGUCUAUCCAUCUGUCUUUCUUUAAUCUCAAAAAUAGUGUUAGAUAAAUGGAAUUCAGGAUCAGAUAUAGAAUGCUUAACUAUAUAUGAACUUCCAGUCUAGACUGGAAGUUAUGUGAAUUCAAUUAAAAAAUUUUUCCCUGUAUGGAGUUACAUAGAUGACUGGCAUAACUCUGCUAUCAGGAAAAGUAUGAUGUACAGUACAAGGACAAGACACUACAAAUUUACAAUGGAAAACAUGCAUUUUAAAUUGAAUAAAUUAAGAAUAUGAUUAAAAAUUGCAGCCCAGCAUUGUGACAAUGUCACAAUAAAUAAUUGCUUGUUAACAUUGUUUUGUAACAAAAUUUUCUUCACUAGCACUGGAAACACAUAAUAUCUUGAGACCACUAAAGCUCUUCAGCUUCCAGAUUCUUGCUACAUUUUACAUGCUUUGAAGGAAGCUGAAGAGGUUUUUAGUGGUCUAAAGAUUGUUUUUUAAUGAACUUAAUUGUGUACAUAAUGAUAAUUAUAAUUGAAACUGACUAUAUAACCAAACUAUGCUAACUAUAAAUCUAAUAAAAUCCAAAUUAAAAGAUUGUGUUAGAUUUAUUAAAGGAAAGAUGUAUUGGGCAAACUAAUAGUUUCAGCUACUUUCCAUAGACAUCAACAGAUUACAAUAGGCUAAAAACGAAAAUACAUUAAUUUAAUGUAGAAAAUGUUACAAAAAAAU